CAAAGAUGAAGCUAUUCAACUUGGUGCUGGGCUCACUGUUGGUGCUUUCAGGUGUGGUUCAUGGAUUGGUCAUCAUCGAUAGUAUACUGGCUACAAAAUGUAUCUACUACAUGAAGGAGUUUGACUGGGGGUGUAACUCCACAAAGCAAAACAUGAGAGCUUAUAAGUGUCGUUGUCCCAAUAGAGACUGGAUUGGUUCUGUGACUAGUUGUUUUGAGAGUCAAAGUAAUGAUUCAAGUGUUAUAGAUCAUGCUUAUAAACAUUUAAGAACUCGUUGUCUUCAGAAGAGUAUGAUGGAUUAUCCUGUUGAUGUUUUGAAAGCUAUUCAGAAAAAUGCUUCAAACUAUUUAGAGGAUGCAACUGAUUAUGAUUAUAAACACACUUUACAUCAUCCAAUCAAUGUCAAUGCAUCAUCUUUUGAAUAUUAUCAUAGAUCUUUCAAUCACAUAUAUGCACAAGUCAUAAGGUCUCAAGCCUAUCAAUGGGGGUAUAUCUUUUUUUGGACCUUUGUCUUGAUGAUUGGUACAAUUUUGCAUUUUUCCAAAACCUUCAUCAUCAGUUAUACAAAUCAUAACAAAACAAAAUUCACAAACAAUUUCAUAAAUAAACUAAGAUAUAGAUUAACCAUGCCAAAUCUAUUAUCCAGAUCCAGAUAUGUCUUAUUUAAGAUAUGGCCAGUUCAAAUACCCACAACUUCACAAUCUAUCAUCAUUACAUUCUUCACCAUCUACAUGGUUUUAGCAUCAACAACAGGUUAUACAAUUGAAUUACCAAAUGAGUAUCAAAACUCACAUAUUUAUCAAUUAUUAGACUUGAUAGGUUAUAGAACUGGUCUUUGUUCAUUUGCAUUAAUCCCACCAACUUUCUUCUUUGGUAUAAGAAAUAAUCCAUUCAUUAAGUUAACAGGUUCUUCAUUCUCCACUUUUUUAACUUAUCAUAAAUGGUGUGCUAGAGGUAUGGUUAUUCAAGGGCUUAUCCAUAGCGCAGUUUGGACAAAUUAUGUUAUUAUUGAAGGUGACUAUAACGUUUGGGCUGUUGAUGCUUAUUGGAGAUGGGGGAUCGUUGGUACUGUUGUUUCAUUCUUAACCUUAUUCCAAGCUUCAAAUAUUUUCAGAGAAGUUGCCUAUGAAAUGUUUUUAUUGAUUCAUAAAUUAUUUGGAAUCAUUUUCAUCAUUUCAAUGUGGUAUCAUUGUAAUACUUUAGGAUGGAUGGGCUGGAUCUAUACAUGUAUUGUUAUUUGGGUUUAUGAUAGAAUCGUUAGAUCUUUGUCAAUAUUAUGGACAGGUGGUGUUAAACCUGCUAAAAUUACAAAGUUGAAUGAUGAACUAGUUCGUGUUGUUAUUCCAAAACCUCAUAGAUCAAAUGAUUAUUAUUUCCCUGGUUGUUUCUAUUGUGUUUAUUUUUUGAACUUCAAGCUAAGAUUUUGGCAAUCACACCCUUUUUCAGUAAUGAAAUCAAUGAGAGAAGGUGAAAGAGAUUGUCAUGCUCUUGUGUUCAAGACUCAUAAAGGUAUCACUGGGAAAAUUCAAAAUUAUCUUGUACAGAAAGCACAAAGAUCAGUUGUUGUUGAUGUUUUGACUGAAGGCCCAUAUGGACAUCAAAUCCCAUUAAGAAACCACCAUCAAUAUGUUUUCAUAAGUGGAGGUGUUGGAUUUUCACCAUGCUAUUCCCAAGCUGUUGAUAUCAUUGAAAAAAAUCAAUUCAAUGGGAAUCAAAAAUCGAUUAAAUUCAUUUGGGUUGUUGAAAAUUUGGAAUAUUAUAAUCUAUUUGAGCAAGAUAUGGAAUUCUUAAUUGAAAAUGGUGUUGAACUACAUGUUAUUGUGACAAAUACUAGAUCUAGGGAAACUACUCCAGAAUAUGCUACUUUAUUGGAUGGAUCUUCCAUUGAAAAAGAAUCCAAAGAUUCAUUAGUGCAUUUGAAUGUCUUGAAUGCAAGACCAAAGAUCUCUGAAUUGGUGAACAAGACAGACUUGUCAGUUUCAACUUGUUUUGUGGGUAGUGGUCCUCAAGAUUUCACCAAUGAUAUGAGAGCAGCUGUUUGUGAGUUAAUCAAAGAUGCAAAAGUUAGAAUUGAUUUCUACGAGGAAUCCUUCUCCAUGUGACUUAUGAAUUAUUGGUAUUGUUAU